AAUCCUGUCGAGAAAGAAGAAAAGGCUUUCAAAACGGACACGGACACAGACGUGCGUGGCGACCCAAAAGUGUGAAUUCCGAAUUCAAUCAACCAUCGAAAAAAUAUUCUGCGCAGGCGCGCAUGAACGCUCAGCUACGCUUGUGCUAAAAUGGCGUCGGCUGCCAUUUCCACAGAGCUGAAGAAAUUAUCGGAAUUAAGAGUUGUUGAUCUAAAAUCUGAGCUCAAACGAAGGAGUUUGGACACAACUGGCGUGAAGAGUGUUCUUCUGUCCAGACUAAGACAGGCUGUUGAAGAUGAAGGAGAUGACCCAGAAAACUUUCAGAUACCACUUUCAGGUGAUACUUUGCCUCGAAAGGUUGCAAAACUUAAAGGAAGACGAACAGAUUCAGAUGCGGACACCACAACAGAAGAGGAUGUACUAUCCAAAGACAUUGAAGAGUCUGAGUCAGAAAAGGAUGUAACUGAUACAGAUGAUGGUACUCGUGAAAGUUCUAAGCCUGCACCAUGUGAGGAGGACAGCCUCGCACAGCCUGAGGCUGAAACUGCUAAUGAAGCUGUGGCGGCUGAGGCUGAUUCUGAGCCGGAGGUGGAGACCCUGCCAGAGGUCGAGGCUGAUGGUGAGGUGGAUGAGGAGGCUGACCCUGACGAGGAUGGGGAGGCUGAGCCAGAUGGAGAGGCCGAGCCAGAGGUGGAGGCCGAGCCAGAGGUGGAGGCCGAGCCAGAGGUGGAGGCCGAGCCAGAGGUGGAGGCUGAACUGACUGGGACAGAUGAUGAAGCUUUGAUUUCCACCAAAGAAGCAGAGGAUGAUCAUCUUUCAGUUUCGAUCCCAAAUGACGAUGCCCUCACCAUAGAUGUUGAUGGCGAUGACCUCCUGGAAACAGGUAAACAUGUGAAACUUCCAGAUCCAGAUGCCGAGAAGGGCACAGACAAGUCCGAGGCCUCUGGCGAGAGGGGCCCUGUCGAUGGCAUGAAAGCACAAGAGAAGGAGGGCCAUCGAGAUGGCAAGAAAAACGAGGGAUCCAGGUGUGAUUCCAUGAAGAAAGACAGCAGAGACUGCUCAAAGAAAGCUGAAACGGGAGACAAAGAAAAGGAUUCUGGGAAGAAAGGCCCCUCCACUACUGGGGCAUCAGGUCAAGCAAAGAGCUCUUCAAGAGACAGAGAUGGAAAGACUACAAAAGAUGAUAAGGGAACUGAUAGCACCAACAACUCUUCUCGUAACAUAUGGGUGAGCGGGUUGUCCUCAAACACCAAGGCAGCUGAUUUGAAAAACCUCUUUGGAAAAUAUGGAAAGGUUCUCAGUGCAAAGGUCGUCACAAAUGCUCGCAGCCCAGGUUCAAAAUGCUAUGGCCUUGUGACCAUGUCUUCAAGUUCAGAGGUUGCACGGUCCAUCGACCAUCUCGACCUCACAGAGCUUCAUGGACAACAGAUAUACGUUGAAAGGGCCAAAAACGAUCCUUUCAAAAAAGAACCCUCAAAAAAUGAAGGCGAGGACAAAGCAGGCUCCACCAAAUCAAGUGACAAGCGCAAGCUUCAGCCAUCCCACAAAAAGGAAGAUAAGAAAUCAGAUAAAAUUUCAGAGAAGGACAAAGAUUUUUCCAAGAAACAAGAAACCAAAAGUGGAAAGUCUGAAUCUGUUUCAUCCAACAAGGGACCAGAUCCUUUUAAGAAAGAUGAAAGAAAACAUGGACGGCCAAAGAGCCCGAUGAUGGCGGUUAAUCAAGUCAAAGGAGAUUCCAAUUUUGGCAAAAGGAGACCUUUUCGAAGGGGGCGGUAUUUUGAAAAAGGUCCAAUCAAUAUGAAUCCUCAAAGGCAACCAAAACAUCUGAUUCCACCUGAGGAGCUGGAGAUGAUAAAAGAGAAACAACGUCCAAUGAUGUUCAAAACAGAAGGUGACGGCAUCCUUCCUUUUGAGAAGAUAAAGGAGCAAAGAAUGCGUGAAAGGAUGGCUCGCCAGGAGCGUGCACGCAGAGCUGAAGCAUUGCGCAGGCGGCGGGAAAUUGCUGAACAAGAAAGACGUGAGCGUAUCCGCCUUCUGCGAGAGCGUGAAGAAAGGGAAAACUUGCUCAGAGAGCGUCAGAGACUGGAGAUGGAAAGACAAAAACUGGAGCGGGAGCGCUUGGAGAGAGAGAGGCUAGAGAGAGAGAGGAUCCGUAUUGAGCAGGAAAGACGUAAAGAGGCAGAGCGCAUGGCAAGGGAACGCGAGGAGCUGCGGAGACAACAGGAACAGCUCCGCUUUGAGCAAGAAAAAAGAAACCACCUGAAACGAGGCCGUGAUGGAGAGCACAGAAGAGAUGACUCAUACUGGAAUGGAAACAAGAAGAUACAUUCUGAGUCUGAUGCACGUUUGAACCAAGGUUCCAACUACAAUCGGCAACAUAACAGGUUUUCCACCUUCGAGCAAAAGGAUAGGGGUCGUUUCCCUGCUGCUGCUGUGGAGCAACCCAACACAUACGACAGACGUAACCGCUUUGAAGGUGAACCAGAUGCAAAGAAAGCUCGGCCUGGUCCUCAGAGACAAGACUCUGGCUUUCAGCGUUACCCCAAGAACUUUGAAACAGUCCGCAGAAAUGAGCAAAUUCCUGCUCCACGCAAUGAACUCCGUGACUCUGACCGCAGAGACAGAGAUGAGAGACGACCUGUCCCAAUGCACAACCGUCCAAUGGGAGCGAAAGGUCCGAUCUCUGGCAUGACAACCACUCGCUCACCCAGGGACUCAGGGAGUGGAUGGAAGAACAACGGGGUGUUGAACACAAACAAAGGCGACAUGAGAGGGCCAUUGCGAAUACGUGCUGAGCAAGGUGGCAGAGAGGGUCCAGGACCUGCACUCAGAGUAGGGUCUUCAGCCAGCCACGGAAGGAGCAGCUUAAGUGAUCGAGAUGGAAGAAGACCCAUGAUGAAUGAGACAUUUUCCUCCAGCCGGCAGGUUGUGGUUGAGCGCCACAACAGGGAUCAGGGAAUGAGGAAGGAGUGGCACAGCGGAUCAACUUCUCAGGGUGGCAGCUUCUCUGAUAAUCGCAGGAUUGGAGACAACCGCAGCAACAUGAUGGCUUCUUCUAGCCACUCCUCUGGAAUGAACCGAAUUGUACAGAUCACCAGCAAUCCCAUGCCCAGUGGAAGCAGUGUGGGUGGAUUUAAGCCCUUUAAAGGAAGUCAGCGGCAGUUCUAAUGGUAGCCAUUCAUUCCUGCCACUAAACAGCACCUGGAGAUCUUUGGGACAGUUUUUCUUUUUGUUUUAGGUGACACAAUUUUUAUUUUGUGUAGACACGUGUUUACCUCAGUGUGGGCUUCUUUGGACAGCUGUGCUUUUGUUAAUAACAGACCUUGUGCACAUGUUUUAGGAAACUGUUGGGCAGCCCUGACUCUUUGUAAAGUUUUAAAGUUAUGUAAACAACUUCCCAGUGUGAGUCUUGCGUCUACAUUUUCAAUUGAUUGGUGUCAAAUUCAAGUUUUCCGGUGAACCAUGUCUUAUUUCAGUGAAAUAUAGAGCUUAUGAAAUGCCAGAUCUUUUGUUUCUUGGCAGGAUGUUGUGUACAUUUUUUUAACCUUGUUUAUUGUUUUGAAAAGAUUUGAAAUAUUUUUGAACCUGUAUCCUGGAAUAAGUCUGCAGCUAGUCUGUAGCAAAACAAACGUACGUGGGUUACAAUUAAUUAACAGCAGCGAGUCAAUUUAAAAUAAAACCUUACUCUGAUCUGUUCCUCCAGCAUACUGCCUAUUGUGAGAAACACAAACUUCCAAUACUUUUUUUGUUUUAGGGUGUUUGAUAGGAGAUAAAUGUGUGUCUGAAGAUUUUCCAGCUUACUUUGUUCUUGGCUCAUAUUUGAUAAAAAUGUAUCUUUUUUUUUAACCCUCACACAUUCAGGUCACGAUAUUUUCAGCAGAAACAUAAUGUUUUCACUUUUUUGCUCAUAAUGCUCCUGCUAGGAUUCUAAAGGAGUUAUUCUUUAGAAUAACCUUUUGGAAUUUAUCUUAUCUGUUUUAUUUAUUUUUGUUGUGCGUAUUCUAAAACUAUGAACCCUGAUCUAGGGCUGCACCUAGUCAUUGUUUACGCACACACCAGUUGUUAUUGUUGAUUGAAUGUGAUUAAACUACAACAAAGCGAAACAGUA